AUGGCGUUUUGGAUAGCAGGCCAGCAAUACCGCCUCACGAUGGCACAGUUCGCCAACAUCCUGGGCGUCCCUUACGGAGCUACAACAGCCUUGCCCUCCAUACACUCAGAUCGACUUAAAGCAUUAUGGAGAGACAUCGGGUCUAAGCGCUUCAAGCUCAGCCUCCUCAAAUCCACUUGGAUCCGACAUCCGACGGUUAGAUACUUCCACAUGCUCCUCGCUCACGUCGUCUUCGGCAAGACAGAGCCCGGAGGGCUGAACCAGACCGAGCUGCUCUUCAUCAGAUACGCCUUAUCCCCUAGCUAUGGUGGGGACGAUUGGGGCAUGGGACAGGUCGACCUAGCAUCGCGGGUCGCUCUACACUUGCAUCAGAUAGCCCGCUCAGAUUUAGGCGUCUAUGUCCGAUGCAGCGGCCUCGUCACCAUGAUUGCGAGAAGAGUCGGCGUGAACGUCGGACGUUAUGAGCGUUCUCGUCUCAAAGGCGCCACGGUUCUCGACUUGGCUGCUCUGCGCAGCAAACUAUCGUUGGAGACCUUGCGGGGCAACCAUCUCUGGUUGUACUACGACCAGCAGGGCACCAGCCAGCGCUUUACCUUGCCGAACUCUCGUAACUAUGCUCCUGAUUCUUUCUACAAUAUGUCUAAACUCAUGAGAUCAUUAGACAUGAGGGCUAUCAAAAUUGAUGUGUGCCAGAACAACUGCAUGAUGUUUUGGUGUGGAGAUGCAGACAUAUUGAAGAGAUUAUACGAAUCUCACAAGACAGCAUCUCAGAUGCGUUGGCACAGAGAACAUAAAUGUUUAUCUGUGUUUAUGCACCAUGGAUUUGCACCGUAUGAUCAAUCUGGGAAACAAUAUUCGUUGUGGCCAAUUGUGUUAUCGUCAUCUACCGACGGAAAUGCGUUUGAAAAGAGAGUUUUUAUUCUUGACGAUAUGAGGAAGUGGAACUGGGGGGGCUCGAGGGCGAAGGCUGCUGUUCUGGGAUAUGCUGAUGAGGAUGCGUAUCACUUGUUUGAUAAAGGAGAGGGUGCUGGUUUAGGAUCUUUGUCUGACAUGGACGAUCUCGCGACGACUUUCGCAAAGUUGAACAGGGAUGUUACUGGACCCAAACAUCCUCGAGUUAUUGGUGAUAGAGGAUCAGGAUCCUUCUCAAGGGAAAGCUCAUCUGCUACAGAUUGGACGCAAGAUGCAGAGCUUUCAAGCUGGUUGGAUCAGCAUAUGCUAGACGUACAAGCUCAGGAAGCUAAGAGAUGGUCCUCACAGUCUCAAUCAUCCGAGCGUUCGAAACCUUUGUGCAUGACAUCCUCUUAUCCUAAGCAGCAACCGCAGCUGCAUCACUACAACAGCGAACCCAUUAUUGUACCAGAAUCAACUUUCACAUCUUUUCCACCUCCUGGCUUAUCAGCCUUAUCUGCACCAAAUGUUUCUCCACUGUCAAGUUCUAAUCUUCAUCUAACGGGAUUGUCAAAUGUGCCCCACUAUGGUGGUAAUUUGGCAAGAUUUGCAUCUGGUGGACCCACACUUAGUAACAUGGUGCAACAUCAUUGGUUCAGUGACUCUGGCCUCCUACACGGGGAUCAUUCUGGACUAUUACAUAGUCUGGUGCAACAACAGAAACCCCACUUGCCCCCACGCAAUGGUCUUCUGUCACCACAUUUGAUUUCCCUUCCGCAGAGACAAUCCCUAGCCCAUCUUGCCGCCUUUCAAUCCCAGCUGUAUAAUUCAUAUCCUUCUCCGUCACGUAAAGCGCCAUUUGGGGCUGGUGAAGGUCGGGAGCAUAAACAUAGGUCAUCUCACAGAAGCCGAAAGAACAGAGGCAUCUCCCAACAGGCGUCGGAUAUAUCUAGUCAGAAAAGUGAGGGUGGAUUGCAGUUUAGCUCAAAGUACAUGACUUCGGAAGAAAUAGAGAGUAUUCUCAAAAUGCAGCAUUCCAAUUCACACAGCAAUGAUCCUUAUGUCAAUGAUUAUUACCACCAAGCUCGGCUUGCUAAGAAGUCUGUUGGAUCAAGGGAAAAACCUCACUUCUAUCCUUCUCACCUGAAGGAGCACCAAUCUCGGUCCCGUAAUAGUACUGAGCAGCACCCACAAGUUCACAUCGAUGCUCUUGGGAAGAUUACCCUUCCUUCCGUUCGUAGGCCGUUGGCCCUAGUUGAGGUCGACUCUCCUCGUGGGUCUAGUGAGGGAAGCUCAGAUCAUAAGGACUCUGAAAAGCAUUUGGAUCAGGAACCUCUGGUCGCUGCUAGGGUUACUAUUGAAGACGCUCUUGGAGUUCUCCUGAGUUGA